AAACUCCAAGAUCGGUCCGGCGGUUUUUCUCUCAUACGCUUGCUCCGCUUGUUUCUGUGCUUUCCGAUGACAUAUGUUAAACAGCGUGGGCAUGUGUCUUUCAACAACCGCCAUUGACCUUCGCAAGUGCGACAUGACAGCCUUGCGACUAUCAGACGUCCCGAAAUAGCAAGGAACAAAAUCGUCCGAUCUUGCGACAGCGCGACAAAAAGUGUGCAAAAUCACCAUGGUUCCGGGAGCAGCAGCUGCGGCCCUCCGUCGCGCCGCACUGCUGCCCCAGCGCACCCUCGGCGUUGGUAUCGUCGCUGGCCCUGGCCUCGCUUGCACCGCCUCGGCAGCGGCGACGGCUGCCUCCCCGUUCUUCCCGUCGGCAAUUCGCCCAUUCUCCUCCAGGCCCCGGGGCUGGAAGGCCCCCACGACACUUUGGACGCCUGCGUCCACAACACCGAUCGAUCACGCCCCCCGCAUCUCCCUCAGUUCCCGGCAGUGGCUAGGACAGCCCCAAUGGGGUUCCCCAGCCACCGCGCUCCGACACCUCUCGAUGACGCGGCCGGUGCUCGAGCAGAAGAAGGAGUCGAAGGAGGUGGCAGGCGGCAACGAAGAGGAGACAGGCGCGCUGGAGGCGAAGGAUGAGGCGGCGGAUCAGCAUCUGAAGGCCCACGGAUUCCAGCGGAGCGAGAAAGCGGCAAAAGCUGCCCACGUCAACAUGAGCGCGCGGCUCUCUAAGGAAGGCGUUGGCGCGGCUGGCAAGCCAGGCUUGGCCGAAGUGUGGCGGCUCGUCAAAAUCGCGCGGCCCGAGGUCAGGUGGCUGGGUGCGGCGUUUGUGCUCCUGCUCAUCUCCUCCGCCGUCACCAUGUCGAUUCCUUUCUCGGUCGGCAGGAUCAUGGACCUCUCCACCAAGGGCCCCAUCGACGAGGUCCAGAUCUUCGGUCUGACGCUGCGCCAGUUCUUUUACGGCCUCGCCGCGGUACUCACCCUCGGUGCCUGUGCCAACUUUGGGAGGAUAAUUUUGCUGCGCAUCGUGGGCGAGCGCGUGGUGGCGCGGCUGCGGACCCAGCUGUACCGCCGCACGUACGUGCAAGACGCCGAGUUCUUCGACGCGAAUCGGGUCGGCGACCUGAUCUCGCGACUGAGCUCUGACACCGUUAUUGUCGGCAAGAGCAUCACCCAGAACAUGUCGGACGGUCUCCGGUCGCUCGUCAGCGGCGCCGCUGGGUUCGUCAUGAUGGCCUGGAUGAGCCCCAAGCUGACGUCCGUAAUCUUCGUCAUGGUCCCUCCCAUUGCCAUCGGCGCAGUCUUGUACGGGCGCAGCAUUCGCCAGCUGAGCCGCCAGAUACAGAAGAAUUUGGGCACCAUGGUCAAGAUUGCCGAAGAGCGACUCGGGAACGUCAAGACGAGCCAGGCUUUCGCCGGCGAGGUUCAGGAGAUCGGCCGCUACAGCAAGCAGGUCAAGAAGAUUUUUGCCCUGGGCAAGAAGGAAUCGUUGAUCUCGGGUACCUUCUUCGCCUCGACCAGCUGGGCAGGUAACAUGACGAUCCUGGCCAUGUUGAUUGUGGGAGGAAAUCUGGUACGGUCGGGAGUCAUGUCCCUCGGAGACCUGACGUCCUUCAUGAUGUACACGGUGUUUGCAGGAUCCAGUCUCUUUGGGCUGAGCGGGUUCUACUCGGAGCUCAUGAAGGGCGUCGGAGCCGCCAGCCGUCUCUUCGAACUUCAGGACCGCCAACCAACUAUUCACCAGACCGUGGGCAUGAAAGUCACGUCAGCACACGGCCCCAUCAAAUUCUCCAACGUUACGUUUGCCUACCCCACGAGACCGGCCGUUAACAUCUUCAACGGCCUCGACUUUGAAAUCCCGACUGGUAGCAACGUCUGCAUAGUCGGUCCGUCAGGGGGCGGCAAGUCGACCGUGGCAUCUCUGCUGCUCCGCUUCUACAAUCCGACCAGCGGGAGCAUCACCAUCAACGGCAUCGACAUCUCCAAGAUGAACGUCAAAUCCCUCCGCCGGCGCAUCGGCAUGGUUGCGCAGGAGCCCGUCCUCUUCUCUGGGACCAUCGCCGAGAACAUAGCCUACGGCAAACCCACGGCGACGCGGGCCGAGAUCAUCGCGGCGGCCAAAAAGGCCAACUGCGGCUUCAUCAGCGACUUCCCCGACGGGCUCGAGACGCAAGUCGGCGCUCGGGGCGCGCAACUGUCGGGCGGGCAGAAGCAGCGCAUCGCCAUCGCGCGGGCGCUGCUCAAGGACCCGGACAUCUUGCUCCUGGACGAGGCGACGUCGGCGCUCGACGCGGAGUCCGAAACGCUCGUCAACUCGGCGCUGGCCGAGCUGCUCAAGGGCCGCAGCACCACCAUCUCCAUCGCCCACCGCCUCUCGACCAUCAAGCGGUCCGACCAAAUUAUCGUGCUCUCGAGCGAGGGCACCGUCGCCGAGGUCGGCAGCUACGCGGCGCUGAGCGCGGAUAAGAACAGCGCGUUCAGCAAGCUCAUGGAGUGGCAGAUGAAUGGCGGGGAUGUGGCGGUGGAGCGCAAGCUUCCGAGCGCGGGCCCGAAGAUCACGGAGACGGAAGAGAUUGAGGAGGAGUUGGUACAGGAGGAAGAGGAGGAUGACUUGGAGGUGGAUAAGGAGGAGAAGAAUAAGAGGAACUAGCAAACAACCAGAGCAGCCGACCCGGAAUUAGUUCCCCUUGGUCGGCAAGGGAGUGAGGGUAUCUCCUCUUGGGACGUGCUCGUGGAAUGAGCGAUCUCGAACGGGAUACACCGGGACUACAACAUACUACUUGGUAUCUGGGCCAACGAGGUGCUCGGGCUUUGGUCCGAGAUGAGGGCUCGCAUGUUUUUGGGGCUCAUUCAUGCCGAUAGAGCUGCAUCACUGGCGUAUGGAAAGGGGGAGUUGGUUGGUAUUUUGUCGAACUUCUUGUACAAGUCAUUUAUUCGAAGAUUUCUGGCAUCUCCACUCGAACUUGGCGAAAGGAAGAAAGGGUGGCUUAGUAUACAUACCGCCAGAUACCUGGCCACACGGUCCAGGGAUUUUUCACAGCUACUAUCGGGUAUACGAAGGGAGAGACUUGAGGGCGGAUAAGUCGACGAAACCCGCAGCGUUGUAUACUUAGGAAAGAAAAUGGCCGUUCGAAGAAUCAU